GCUUAACUUUAUCAACAAGCAAAGCAACUUAAGGUGAGUCGGGAUAUUUUGAACAUCAAGGUGACUUUGUAAUUUCAUGAGAAACGCUUUCUGAGUCUGGAAACUCACUGUUUGCAUGAACACUGAUACUGUCGAGUUCGUUGGUUACGAAUUGUCUGACUACUUUAAAUGAAAAAAAGGCCAUCGUCCACAAGUUCCAGACGGCUGAAAUCUCGACGAAGCGUAGGUUCUUGGACUCUCAAACAACCAAAAAAAGAGCCUGAUGCGGAUCCUCCAGUGGACAAAUCAAAUCAUUCGCCUGUUUGUCCCCUAGUAGGAUGCUCUGGAGUCGGUCAUAUAAAUGGAAAAGAUGUUGUUCAUAUUACUCUAUCUGGUUGCCCAUUUUAUCAUAAUAUGAGCUUCUCCAAAUGGAUUGAGAUGUGUUCACGAGAAGAAGGUCUUGUUAUUCCACAAUCCGUAAAAGAUAUCGCAGCGUCUGCAGAGUCACCAUCCAAAGCCAAAAACAAGCUCGAUCGUUCCUAUCAGUUUAAGACUACGCAGCGGGAACCUUUGUUGGAUGAUCUUGCCACUCCAAUUGAGUUGUAUCAGUUUCGCCGUGCUCAACAGCUAGUGGUUUCCACCUGUGAAAUGGAAGCCAAGGAACAUUUGCUUUUGUGUGCCCGAGUAGCUUCAUAUUCUUCAUCGAGUGAAAACGAUAGAUUCGCUACAGAACAGCGUAUACGUUCUGUGAUUUUUGGAAAAUGGGCUAUAGAGCCAUGGUAUCAGAGUAACUAUCCGGCUGAUCUGUGCUGUCUCCCCUAUAUAUACAUCUGUGAAUUUUGUUUAACAGGAAUGCGCUAUUAUGUGACAUACCACCGCCAUAAAUUAAAAUGUGGUCGAACUUGUCCCCCGGGUAAUGAAGUGUAUCGAAAAGACAACUUAUCGUUUUUUGAAAUUGAUGGAGAACACUACCAAGAAUACUGUCAAAAUUUGUGUUUAAUGGCCAAAUUAUUUUUGCAACAAAAGACUGUCCAUGAACUAGACCAAGUGCCAGAGUUUAUGUUCUAUGUACUAACGGAAACAGAUCAAGAGGGUUCACAUAUUAUUGGUUAUUUUUCAAAGCAAAAACCUGAUGAUGAGAUUGAUUAUUCUUCAACAAAAACACAAUACUAUAAUCUCUCAUGUAUUCUUAUCCUACCACCGUAUCAAUGUCGUGGUUUCGGUCGUAUGCUUAUUGAAAUGAGUUAUACCUUAAGCCGACUAGAACAACGUAUUGGCACCCCUGAACGUCCAUUAUCCGAUCUAGGGAUUAUCAUAUACCGAAGAUAUUGGCGUUACGAGAUACUGAAAUACCUAUCAAACUACACUGAACGUUCAAUAAAUAUCCGAACAAUGAGUCAAGAAUUAACCAUUGCCAUCCGCGAUAUCGUGAGCACUUUACUGGAUAUGAAAAUGCUUAUAUGCUAUCGAACAAAGUAUUAUAUAAUUAAUAAUAAGAAUGACGUGGAAACACUAUUGAGCCAAAUGAAGCCACCUUCAAUGGAUCGUCGGAUAGACCCUGCCUGCCUCCAUUGGACUCCAGUACACCAGGGUAAAUCUCCUAGUACAACUAGUGGGACUAGUCAAAAAAACUUCACAAACAUGGUUUAACUACACCGUUGAAUUCAUUUUUUUUGUUUUUUUUUGUUUGUUAUUUUGGAAUGUGUGAAACAUUAUAAGUCAGUCGUUUCAAAGCCCUUUUGUACAUAUCCUGAAAUGUGUUAGACUUCUGUUGUUUCGUUCAAUUUUUUUUUUGUAAAAAUUUUGACGAAAAAUUUGUUAUUCUUGACAAAUGAUUCAAUGACAAAUGUAAACAUAUAUGU